GCAGGCGCUUCACUUGUGACGUUGUAGUUUGACAGUGUGGUUCGUGACUCGUUUCUUCUGUUUACUUUCGUCACUUUCAUUGAGAUUUUUGGUAAAAAUUUGUGAAUUUUAAACACAAAGACAAUGUAGUUGUCCCUUGGAUAAAGUCUCGUGUUAUAAACGAAUCAAAAGGCUUUUUAAAGUCAUGGAUCAUCUCGCCCAGGAUUUGAGUGUGGCUCUAGAAGAAUCUGAAAGUUGUGGUCCCAUAACUUUCGCUCACGAAACCCCCGGAAAAUGGGGCAUGAGACGUCGCACUCGCUCUGCGGGGAACUUACUAGUUUACAUGAACAAUUCCCCCGAUAAUCAAGCUGAAGAUAGUUCUAGUAGCAAUUCAGAGACUCGAACUGAGAAGACUUCAAGUAGUUUCGAAUGGCGGUUAAAACACGCAUUACAGAGUUAUAUCAGGUAUAGUAGACGGUGCAAACUGGGGGUGAACCACAGUUUGGAGAGCGAUUCAGUGAAUGAAAAUUCGCCUGCGAGGCCAAAUUUACGACGAAAACGCAAGCUGAAACGAAUGAGCAUUGACGAAGCGCCGGUGCCUCCAUGUGGUAAACGCAAGCGCCCCCAGAGAUUCGACAUCGUUGAAAAUGGACGCUCUUUGAGGCACCCAACCCGAAUCCGCCCUUUGCACCAAACUGUCGUUGACAAAAUCGAGAAAAUGUUCCAAAAUUCGUCAAACCUCGACGACACCAAUACUAUGGAGACCCAAAGCAUUGACGACUGUGACUUCACCAGUGAAAGCAGCAUUAGUUGGAGCGGGGGCGAAGGCCACGAUGGUGAUGACGAACUUACAGAUUGGGCCCCCACAAUGGACAACACUUCAUCUAUGGAGCAACCCUUCAAUGAGGCCGAUCCACGUGAAAUCCGUGCCGGUAACCUGUCCCCCUUCCACCUUCAGUUAGGGUUGUUUAAACAGCCCCCUUUAGGUUGCAGGAGGUUAGGCGACGAAAGGCCGGGCUUUAGUAUCAGCACAGGCGCCAAUGAACGUGUCGCUAAGUUCCUCCAAGACAGCACCAAAUCCGAAUUGAGAGUCUUAGGAGGUGAGCGCGAGAAAUUGGGACAGUUGGCAGCACUCUACUCGCUGGAUUUGUGGUUUGAGAGCCCCACGUCUUCAUUAUUGAGGAAGACAAACAAGACUCCGUGUAUGCAACCCCCACAGAAGCACCACAACGGCAUGAGCGCCGGUCAUAAGAGGAUUCGGACGCAUGGGAGAUUUGUAGGGGUGGAGUAGUGCCUUUGAGGCUUGAUGUGACCCCACUUUUGUUAGGAUAAUUUUAAUUUUGUUGUCGCUUUUUAUUAGGGAAAUUCAAGUAAUUGUAAGUAAUGUGGGGUUGUAUCACAAUAUCGGAAUUUGUGUGCGUUUUUUAUCAUUCCAUAUCAGUAGGUUCAGAAAAACUCCACAAAUUUCGGCAUUUAAUUUUAAUUAGAAGCUCAAUUUCGACAUGUUAAAUUAGUACAAAAUAUAUUAAGUAAUAAUGGUUGUACAGUAUUUAUUUUUACUGUAGUAAUUGUUGUAUAGGAUUUAAAAAAGUUACAUAUUUGUCGCCUUAAUUUGAGGAUUGAAAUAAAAUUCGAUAA